UCUUUUAAUAAACUCGAAUGAUCAUUCCAAUUAAAAAACAAAAAAACAAAACACCACCAACAACGGAAUUGAGAAACUUUGGUUUAAGUUAAACAAAGACAAAGCAACAAUGGAACUGAAAACCUUGGUUUCAAGUUAAACAAAGACCUAAAUCACAAUAAACUGAGAACGAUAGUCAAGGAGAUGCUUCGAAUUCGAAGAGUGUUAAAGGAGAAGAAACUCCUGAAUCUAAUUGCAAGAAGCUCAAGAACAAGAUGGAUGAGCAGCGGUACAGAAGUGAUGAGCUUUGGGGAUGGGAGCCAUGGAGCUCUGGGACUGCCCACUUCUCUGAUAGGCCACGGUAUGGAUGCUUAUGAGCCCACCCCCGUUACUGGGCUUCCCUCUGAUAUCACAUCAGUCAGCGCGGGACACUACCACUCACUUGCCGUCACUUCUCAUGGCCAGCUCUGGGCAUGGGGUCGCAACCACGAAGUCCAGCUCGGCCGCGGCCUCCCUUCUCCCAGAGAUACAUGGAAUGAACCGAAGAGAGUAGAAGGGUUGGAUCAAGUGCAAGUCACUGCUGCAUUUGCAUCUGGUGUUGUCUCUGCAGCGAUCGGAGAUGAUGGGUCAUUGUGGGUUUGGGGCAAGUCUAAGCGUGGACAGCUUGGUCUCGGCAAAGGCAUAACAGAAGCUUCGGUGCCUUCUAAAGUUGAAGCACUUGAAGGUGAAAAGAUAGCUAAGGUAUCAUUUGGUUGGGGGCACACUCUCGCGCAGACUGUGGAUGGAAAAUUGUUUGGCUGGGGUUAUCUGGCUGAUGGUAGGUUAGGAAAGAUGGGUGGUCUUGUUGAGGCAUCUCCACUUGAUUCCAGUAUGAAUGUAGUUAAACAUGAAGUAAUCACACAAUCAACAGUGGAAGUUGCUGAAAGACUGGUUUUAGAAGGAAUGGAGAAAGAAAAGGACAUGCCGAUAGUUUGGGAUCCCUGUUCAGUAGAAGAAUUAAAAGGAGUUGAAGUUGUAGACAUUGCAUGCGGGCUUGAUCAUUCUUUGGUUCUUUGCCGUGAUGGCACUCUAUUAAGCUCGGGGAGCAAUGUAUAUGGACAACUGGGGAGGGCAAAUCAUGACAUGGGAUUUUCUCCGGUUGAUAUAAGCUUCCCGGCCUCGGCUAUUGCAUCAGGCCUCGGCCAUUCUCUGGCAAUUUGCCAAGCUAAAUCACCAGAGGGAAAAGGAGAUGCCACAAGUAUAGUUUCAUGGGGAUGGAACCAGAGUUCCCAGCUUGGAAGGCCAGGGCCAGAGAAUGUCCCAAUGGAGGUUGAGGGACUGGCAGGGGAAACUGCUAUCUUAGUGUCUGGAGGUCGAGUACAUUCCAUCGCUGUCACGUCUAAAGGAGAGGUGUGGGUUUGGGGCUGUGGUAGGAACGGCAGGCUUGGGCUAGGGAGCUCAUGUGAUGAAGCUGAACCAAUUAUGCUCGACAGUCUAGAAGGUUGUGAAGUUUUGCAAGCCGUGUCAGGCUUUGAUCAUAACCUAAUCUUGAUAGCUCAGUGAAAAUAUAUAGUUUCAGACCACUUAUGAACACAUUUUUACGCUGCUAUGCCUAUCCACAAACACAGCUUCUUUUCGUAGCCA